AUGGGCGGGGAGCUCCCACCCGACGCAGCACAUCUGAGGGUGUCGGCGCACGCGCGCCUGCGCAGGCUCAGUGCUACCGCGGUCCAGCCCGCCUCCCCUGCCGGCUCCUCGCCCACCCGCACCAGGGCCGCCAUCACACUCGACGUGUGGCAGCCCGAGGCGGCUGGCGGCGAGGGCAUGACGGUGGCAGGCAGCGGCGCGGCCGCCGACGUGGCGGCAGCGCCGCCAGGCCUGCCGCCGCUGCUCAACGGCGCCGCCCACGAGGCGUCGCCCUCUCUGGGCGGCUCCUCCGACCAGGCCAGCCCCCGCUUCCUGGAGCUGCUGCGCAACUCGCUGCCGCAACCCGACGAGGACGGCGACAGCGGCAGCGGCAACGGCAGCAGCGCGCCCAGCGCCGCCGGCGCGCAGCACCCGCCGCCGUCCGACACGCUCGCCCAGCUGCACGCGCUCAACGGCGGCGCGGCGGCCGCGGCGGCCGCGGGCGCGCCGCUGGCAAACGGCCGCGCGCCGGGCAAGCCCCACAAACGCGGCUUGCUUGGGCUGUUCAAGUCUGGAAAGAGCAGCAAGCAGCAGCACCAGGCCAAGGGCAUCGCGGCACCAGGCGCCAGCUCAGCAGCCAACGGGGGCGGCGGCAGCAGCCGCGGCAGCAAGCACACCAGCGAGGGCGGCGGCAAGAAGAAAGGCGGCAGCUGGUUCAGCAGCAGCAAGGCUCCAGACAACCCUGCAGCCAAGCCGCCGCUGCCCCAAUCCUCGCCCCUGCCCCCGGCGGCGGCGGCGGAGCAGGGGCAGCGAGGCGUGCUGCUGCCAGGGCUGCCCGUGCUCGCGGCUGCCAGCACCGAUGGCACCAGCAUUAGGUCAGAGGAUGCUGCCGCGGCCAAUGGCGCCAGGCACGACUCUGCGCUCUCGUCGCGGCAUGCCGUCGCCUCGACUUUAGUCGAUUAUUCCUCCGCUUCUGACUUUUCCGCGCCAUCCAGCGCCCUGCCCUCGCCGGUGGCUGGCACGCUGGGCCUGCCUCCUGGCGUGGAUGCGCCGGCGAACGGCAAGAAGGGGCACAGCCGGCAUCGCUCCCUCACGUCCAUGCUGGUGCCCGGCUGGCGGCGGCGCAGCCGCCACCCCUCUGCGGGGAGCGAGGGGGAGCUGGCGGGGGAUGUGACGCCCACGCGCGGCGCCGCCACGCCCUCCCACUACAGCAGCCCCGCGCCCAAGUCGGCAGAGGCGUUGGCGGCGGCGGCGGCUGGUGCGGCGGAAGGCGAGAUGAUUCAGCCGAUUCUCGCGGAGCCACGGCCGCCGCUGCUGCCGCCCGGCACCACCGGCCUGCGCAACAUAGGCAACACGUGCUUUGUGAAUGCCGCCCUCCAGUGCCUGCGGUACACGCCCGGCCUGCCGCUGAACGUCGCACCGGACCUGCUGCAGCGCGUCAAGCAGCAGCAGCAGCCGGGCGGCCCUCAGGCGGCUGGCGGCGACGAGCUGGAGCCUGCAGCAGGGGAGGAAGUGCAUGCUCAGGCGCUGGCGCGAGCCUCAAUGGACAGCCGGGCGCCUGCGGCCCUGGCUGCCUCCCGGGGUCUGGAGGAGGAGGAGGAGGUGGAGGAGGGUGCUGUCGGCAGCACAGCGGUGGCCUCUGAAAGUGGCAAUGCGCCAGCUGCCGAUGAGGCAGCAGCCGGAGAGGAGGCGGCUGCUGGGGCGGAGGCGGCAGGGGCAGCUGGCGAGGGCAAGCGUGCCGAGGCCGAGCCUGCUGCGGCGGAGGCGAAGGAGGGCAGCGAGACAGAAGCAGGGGCACCCUCUGAGCGCGAGGCAGCAGCAGCACCAGCAGCAGGAGGCCAGCCGCCGCCAGGGCCGGCGCCGCCGCCACCGGCGCCGCCGCCACAGCAGCAGCAAGUGCCCGCCAAGCCACAGCGUCCAUCCAGGGGAGAGCUUCUCAAGGCCUUUGCCGACCUGGUCUCGGAGCUCUACCUGCCGCCCGCGGGCAGCAACGGCAGCGCCGUGUGCGCCACGCCGCUGCUGCGCACGCUGCGCGCCUUCCCCAUAGCAGCCGACUACUUUGAUGGCGGCCAGCACGACUGCCAGGAGGUGCUGCGGGUGCUGAUGGACUUGCUGCAUGAUGACCUGAACCGGGCGCCCCCUCGGCAGCCGGCGCAGCCGCCAGCGGCGAGCGCCAGCGACGCGGCGGCAGCGCCAGAGGCUGGCAGCAGCCCGGCGUCGCCCCGGCAGCGGCAGGAGGAAGCAGCGGAUGGGCCUGCCGCGGCCGCGGCCGAGGCGCAAGAGGAGCAUCCGCAGCCCUCGCCGCGGCAGGGCGAGGCCGCGGACGGCGCAGGCUCGCAGCAGGGCUCGCAGCAGCAGCAGGAUGAGGGGGAGGGCACGGGGGAGGGCAAGGAGGAGCGGAAGGAGGACGAGGGGGCCAAGGCUGACCGGCUGUGGCAGCAGUACCUCGAGCGGGACAGCAGCGUCAUCACAGACCUGUUUGGGGGCCAGCUGCAGGCGCGUGCUGCUCCCCAGCGGCCAGCGCUGGCGCCCUCGGUGACGUGCCACAACUGCGGCGGGCGGUUCACCAUGUAUGAACCCUUCUGGGACCUCAGCCUGCCGCUGGCCAAGGAGGCCAAGGGCGGCAGCUUCUCGUGGCUGGGCCUCAAGGGCUCCACACCCGCCUCCAUCCAGGACUGCCUCACCGCAUUCACGGCAGACGAGAAGAUGGAGGGCGCGGAGGCGUUCCACUGCGAGACGUGCCGCGACAAGACGCCCGCCACCAAGCACCUGCGCCUGCACCGCUUCCCAGAGGUGCUGGUGCUGCAGAUCAAGCGGUUCAAGUACAAGGGCGCCAGCACCGACAAGCUCACAGCCAACGUCUCCUUCCCGCUCAAGGCGCUGCGCCUGCACCAGUACGCCUCGCCAGAGUGCCCCGCAGGGCCCGACGAGUGCACCUACGAGCUGUUUGCGGUGUCCAACCACUACGGCAACCUGACCGGGGGCCACUACACCGCCAUGUGCCGCGUGCCGCAGGCGGGCGGCCAGGAGGCCUGGUACUCGUUCAACGACGAGCAGGUGGUGUCGCAGUACGCAUACAUCCUCUUCUACGUGCGCUCCCGCAGCUCCACCGCCGCGCACCACCGCAGGAACCACAGCGCGGCCUCGGCCGGCGCGGGCGGCGGGCAGUGA